AUGCAUCGACUUUUUGCUGACCUGGAGCUAUUUAUAACCGUCACCGAGCAAAACCUGGUAGACCGAGUUCGGUAUAUCUCGCGCUCAAAUAUAUUUGAUUUCGCUGAACUCGAACGGCUACGACGUGAGGCUGUUCCCUCAUCGGAAGAAUAUGCUACGGCUGAGGAUGCGGCGCCACAAAUUGCAGAGCAACCCGCAAACGUGGAUGCCGCCGUGAAUACCAAAGUUGUGGUUGAUUCAAACGAUGGUGGAACAGUUGCCCAGGAACUGGAAUUAGAGUAA